UGGAAUUGUGCGCUAGAUUCCUCAAAAUUUGAUCCUCAUAAUUGCGAAAUAAUCUUGAAGCAGAAGACUUUUAUCCGUCGUAGAAUUUCACAAUGGAACAACUUGAGACAGAUCGAAAAACAAGUAUUUUUCAGUAUUAUGCGUAUAAUCCUGGAGAAAUAUCAUCGGGUACAGGUAACAAACCUGGUCCACUUAUUGGUGUGAUAGAUGUUGGUACUCGAACCGUUCGUUUUGUGGUUUUUAAUGCAAAACAUGUCGCCGAAAUUGUAUCACAUCAAAUUGAUAUUGAACAAAUUAAUCCACAAGAAGGAUGGGCUGAGCAAGAUCCAAAAGAGAUACUUUUUGCCAUAAAGGCAUGUGUCAAGGAUGUCAAAAAGAAAUUAGAUUCAAUUAAUCUAAGUAUGAAUGAUAUCAUUACUGUUGGCAUUACAAACCAAAGAGAAACUACGAUCACUUGGGAUGCAAUUACAGGGGAACCUCUGUAUAAUGCAAUUAUUUGGUCUGAUAUAAGAACAGAUAAAACUGUGGAUCAGAUUAUAGCCAAGUUUCCGGACCAUAGCAAAAAUCAUUUAAAGCCUCUCUGUGGAUUACCUGUCAGUCCAUAUUUUUCGGCAUUGAAAAUUCGCUGGUUAAAGGACAAUGUACCUGCUGUUAAAAAGGCCAUUAGAGAAAAACGGUGUAAAGUAGGGACAAUGGACACUUGGGUAGUUUGGAAUUUAACGGGUGGAAAAGACGAUGGUUUGUACAUAACCGAUGUUACCAACGCAUCGAGAACAAUGUUAAUGAACAUCGAAACCUUAACGUGGGAUCCCACAUUGUGUAGAUACUUUGAAAUUCCAAUGAAACUGCUACCAGAAAUUAAAAGCAGUUCUGAGAUUUAUGGUAAAAUUGCAGUUGGUCCUUUGAAGGGCAUUCCUUUGUCAGGUAUCCUUGGCAAUCAGCAAUCCGCUUUGGUUGGUCAAAAUUGCCUACAACAGGGUCAAGCAAAAAAUACAUACAGAAGUGGAUGUUUUCUUCUUUGUAAUACGGGACACUCGAGAGUGUUUUCAUCACAUGGCUUGGUGACAACAGUAGCUUAUCAGUUUGGUCCAAACAGUCCAGCAGUAUAUGCAUUGGAAGGUUCUGUUGCUGUAGCAGGUGCCGCAAUAAAAUGGUUAAGAGAUAAUAUGAAACUAAUCAAAGACGUUCAUGAAAGCGAACAUUUAGCUCAGAGCGUUUUUAGUACUGGCGAUGUGUAUUUUGUUCCUGCCUUUUCUGGACUAUAUGCUCCAUAUUGGAGAAAAGAUGCCAGAGGGAUAAUCUGUGGUCUCACUGCAUUCACAACAAAGCAACACCUUAUUCGAGCAUCGUUAGAGGCUGUCUGUUUUCAGACUAGAGAUAUUUUAGAAGCAAUGUAUAAAGACUGCGGAUUUCCAUUAACAAAACUGCACACGGAUGGAAAAAUGUCUACCAAUAAUCUUCUUAUGCAGUUACAAGCAGACCUCUGUGGCACACCCGUUUUUAGAUCAAGAAUGCCGGAUAUCACUGCUCUAGGAGCAGCAAAAGCGGCCGGACAUGCGGAAGGAAUAGAUGUUUGGGAAUUAGAAGGUGAAGGAGUGGAAACCGUCGCAAUGGAUACGUUUCUACCUACAACAACUCCUGAAGAAAGAGAUGCAAGAUACAAAAAAUGGAAAAUGGCUGUUCAAAGAAGUUUAGGUUGGGCAUCGGUGAAAAUGUCCGAUCAAAUGACAGAUGAACGAUAUCGGGUGUUGGCAUCCAUCCCGGCGAGUUGGUUCAUAAUGACAAGUUUUAUUUUGUUAAAAAUAAGUCAUUAUUUUAAGAAACAGUGAUUUAAUUGUCCAAAAAUUAGAAUACAAACUCCAAUACGAGAAUUGUCAAAUCGUAAAUUUUUCUUGAUUGUUCGCUAAAAAUAGUUUAGUACUAAAUAAAUACGUAUUACUGUUUUUUCUUUUAAUCAUCCUAGUGGACAGAGACAUGAGUAGUCUUUGGGGCGUUUCUAAAAACGUGCCUGGGACACAAGUGCCGGUCUAUUUACUUUCCUCUGGACGUCUAAUGUUCAAGAGCAGCGUCAUAGAAACUAGUGUGUCUUAGGAAUUUUUCAAAGAGGAAUCGUGCCCUUAUAGUUGUUUUAGCUGCCUAUAAUCCAGAAUAAUGAUGUAUAUUGUGUGAAAUUAUAAAAAUCA